CAGAGCCCGGCCGGCCGGCCAGCGCUGGUGUCCGCGACCGCAGACGUCCCCGCGCCGACAUGCGCCUGGCCACCGCCGCGAACGAGGCGUACACGGCCUCGCUGGCCGUCUCGGAGCUGCUGGGCUGCAAGCAGUGUGGCGGGGGCGGCGGCCCGAACGAGGAACUUGGAAUUAGAAUUCCUCGAACACUAGGACAUGGACCAAGUAGAUUCAUCCCAGAAAAGGAGAUUCUCCAAGUAGGGAGUGAAGACACACAGAUGCAUGCUUUAUUUGCAGAUUCUUUUGCUGCUUUGGGUCGUCUGGAUAACAUUACAUUAGUGAUGGUUUUUCACCCACAAUAUUUAGAAAGUUUCUUAAAAACUCAACACUAUCUACUGCAGAUGGAUGGUCCUUUACCCCUACAUUUUCGGCACUACAUCGGAAUAAUGGCUGCAGCAAGACAUCAGUGCUCCUACUUAGUGAACCUCCAUGUAAAUGAUUUCCUUCAUGUUGGUGGGGACCCCAAGUGGCUUAAUGGUUUAGAGAAUGCUCCUCAAAAACUACAGAAUUUAGGAGAACUUAAUAAAGUGUUAGCCCAUAGACCUUGGCUUAUUACCAAAGAACACAUUGAGGGACUUUUAAAAGCUGAAGAGCACAGCUGGUCCCUUGCAGAACUGGUACAUGCAGUGGUUCUUCUCACGCACUAUCAUUCUCUUGCCUCAUUCACAUUUGGCUGUGGAAUCAGUCCAGAAAUUCAUUGUGAUGGUGGCCACACGUUCAGGCCUCCUUCUGUUAGUAACUACUGCAUCUGUGACAUUACAAAUGGCAAUCACAGUGUGGAUGAGAUGCAGGUCAACUCAGCAGGAAAUGUUUCAGUAAGUGAUUCCUUCUUUGAGGUGGAAGCCCUUAUGGAAAAGAUGAGGCAGUUACAGGAAUGUCGAGAUGAAGAAGAGGCAAGUCAGGAAGAGAUGGCUUCACGAUUUGAAAUAGAAAAAAGAGAGAGCAUGUUUGUCUUCUCUUCAGAUGAUGAAGAAGUUACACCAGCAAGAGAUGUAUCUCGUCACUUUGAGGAUACCAGUUAUGGUUAUAAGGAUUUCUCUAGACAUGGGAUGCACGUUCCAACAUUUCGAGUCCAGGACUAUUGCUGGGAAGACCAUGGUUAUUCUUUGGUAAAUCGCCUUUAUCCAGAUGUGGGACAGUUGAUUGAUGAAAAAUUUCACAUUGCUUACAAUCUUACUUAUAAUACAAUGGCAAUGCACAAAGAUGUUGAUACCUCAAUGCUCCGAAGAGCCAUUUGGAACUAUAUUCACUGCAUGUUUGGAAUAAGAUAUGAUGACUAUGACUAUGGUGAAAUUAACCAGCUAUUGGAUCGUAGCUUUAAAGUUUAUAUCAAAACUGUUGUUUGCACUCCUGAAAAGGUUACCAAAAGAAUGUAUGAUAGCUUCUGGAGGCAGUUCAAGCACUCUGAGAAGGUUCAUGUUAAUCUGCUUCUUAUAGAAGCUAGGAUGCAAGCAGAACUCCUUUACGCUCUGAGAGCCAUUACCCGCUAUAUGACCUGAUGCCUUUCCUCCGCGAAAGAUGAUGGAAUGAUCAGCAGAUAUAGUCUACAAGGGGAAGGUACUAAGCCCCAGGACCAAUGGUAGAUAAAAGAAUUCAGAAAUCCAUUGUGCCAUGAUUCCUUUAGUUUCUGCUAUUUUACUGUGGAAAUACCACUGCUGGCACAAGCAGUGAAUGCUUGGCAGCUUCAAGUUUAGAGCUGUGAAGACAGGCUGCCAUUCACAGUAUUUUGCUUUUUGACAGUACAAGAUGCUGUAUAACUGUUUUAAUACAGCAAAUAGUAACUCUCCAAAUCCUGUUGCUUUUAUGUUAAGUAAGAUAACAAGAAUUGGAGCAUGCAAAGAAUGGGACUUGGAUAAUGAUGUAAGCUUUUAUACAUAAAGAAUUUUAGAUCUUGGUGCUGCUAUUCCUGCUGGUGGAAUGAAUAGAGUGGCUGUUCCAGUUAAGCUAUUAGUAAUAAAAGUGAACACUGCUACUAUCUGAGCCUACAUACAUAAUUUGUGUGGUUUCAAAUUAAACUUGCAUAUGUGUUAAUUUUUUUGCAUCUAAAAAAGCAUAGAAUUAUUACUCACAGCUCGGCAAAGACCAUUUUGAUGGUAACAAUUCAUUUCUUUCAUUAUAGUUUUUGUAAAUUCAGAGUUAUUGGAUGACAUUAAAUUAUACUGGGAUUCUUAAAGAUUUUCUUCAAAAAGCAAUCUUAAAUGAAAGUGUGUAAAUUAUAAGAAAAGCUGGCAUCUUUGGAUAUGCUGUUUCUCCCAAGAUUCUCUGACACUGGAGGGCAGCUGUCUUGUGCAGUACUUUUGCUUCCAGCAGUGAAGUUGUGGGAAAUGUUGCUGUAGACUGCUGCGCAGUCCCAGGUGCAUUCUGCCCCUCUGCUCCUGCCCGCCUCAUGGUCCCCACUUUAAAGGUUGUGCAGCUCCUUAAAUAAUAAAGCUGGAAAAUAUUCUUAGUCAGGUUAUCAAAUUUGAUUUACAAAAAUGCUAACUUUGAAACGCAAACAGGUUUGAAACAAUGUAUUAAGUACUUUGUAUUCUGGAAGCGUGAAUUGCUUUUGAAGUCUGUCAGUAUUACUGGUAUUUUUCAAUAAAGAAUAAUUUUUCUCCAAUUUUA